AUGACUAAGGCAAGAACUCAAUACACGGGAGCUACGGAAAUACUCUGUGCUAGCUUCGGGAUCCGGAGACUGAGUUCGAUCCGCAAGCUAAGCUCUGAGUUAAGUUACGGAAUAGAGUUUUCUAAGCUUAGGAACUCUUUCAGGUUCAGGGGUCUUCUGCUAAGAGCUAAGCGUACUAAAGACAGUCAGCCUUCCUUAGGGAAGGAGUUACUCACUUCAUGCCCAUGCCGUGAUUCAGGAAAGAAAAGACGAACUAGAUAUGUCUAUAGUACCACAGCAGUAAUACCAGCAAGGAUAGCUGCUAAAGAAAGAGAAAAGAAACUAAAGACAUAA